AUGGUGGCGGAUGUGUUACGUCAGCAUAGUCAGUUGACUCCAGUAUAUCGCAUGUUUCCACCGGUUCCAAUUUUUUCGCGGGUGCCGGUACCGACAAAGUUCAAAGAAAAUCCAAAGAAAAUAUAUUAUUGUCAAAGAUGCCUCAAUCAUGAUACUCCGAGGCCUCGUAAGAACCAUAAGUGUGAAUGCCCAUAUGCAGAUUGUACAUGUGAUAAGUGCGGGUUGGUUGAAAAACGCAGAAUAUUGAACAUUCGACUUCAAAACUAUAAUACGGUAGAAAAUGACUUUGAUGGCCCAUCACCGAUAGAUGAUGAUGGAGAUUCGAAGACUAAAGGAGGUUAG